AGAAGGGAAGAGGGAAGAGAGUAGAGGAUAACUCAGUCAGCACUCAGGGGGCAGUCAAAGGACGAUAACUCUGUUAGUAUGUCCAACGCUAUAGCGAAUGGAGUGGCAGGAGCAGGCGCUGGAAUCAUUGCUCAAAUCCUCACUUAUCCCCUUCAGACGGUGAACACGCGUCAACAAACGGAGAGAAUCGCCAAGUCCAAACCCAAACCCCCCGCUGCGCCUGCCGGCACGCUUCUUCAGAUCCUCCAUGUCGUACGAACUGAAGGCUGGGGAGGACUGUACUCCGGGCUUAAGCCUUCUUUAUUUGGAACUGCUGCCUCACAGGGCAUUUACUACUACUUUUAUCAGCUAUUCAAAAAUAAGGUUGAGGCUAUUGCAUCUACCCGUAAGCACAAGGGACGUGGGGAUGGCACUGUUGGCAUCUUUUCUUGGCUUCUCGUAGCCGCUCUUGCAGGGUCCUUAAAUGUAUUGCUGACAAACCCAAUAUGGGUUCUUGUCACCCGUAUGCAGACUCAUACUCAAGCGGAAAGAAAAAUUAUGGAGUCAAAAAAGGAGUCUCUAUUGAAGGAGGCUUCUGAAAACAGCUUAAUAGCUUCAAGACUGCAAGAUAAAUUGGCUGAGCUUGAUUCAACAAAGCCUCAUCCUUAUGGAACCAUUCAUGCGGCUCGUGAAGUUUAUACUGAAGCAGGAAUUAGUGGAUUCUGGAAAGGCAUUAUCCCUACACUUAUUAUGGUGUGUAAUCCCUCAAUCCAGUUCAUGAUAUAUGAGAGCUCAUUAAAGCGUAUGAAGGAAAAACGUGGUGCUAAUAAUAAGCAUGGACUAAAAAAUGUAUCAGCUUUGGAGGUGUUUCUACUAGGUGCCUUGGCAAAACUUGGGGCAACUGUAACAACAUACCCACUUCUGGUUGUCAAGUCUCGGCUUCAAGCAAAGCAAGAGAUUGGUGGGAAUGUAUCACUAAGAUAUUCAGGUACACUUGAUGCAAUAAUGAAAAUGAUCAGGUAUGAAGGAUUGCCUGGCUUUUACAAGGGGAUGAGCACAAAGAUAGUACAAAGUGUUUUUGCAGCUUCUGUACUUUUCAUGGUCAAGGAAGAGCUUGUCAAAGCUUACAUGUUCCUUAUUGAUAAGAUCUGGAAAGUCCCAUCAAAUGUGAUUAAUCAUGUAUAAGAGGAGGAGGUACACGGAAGAAAAAGAAAAAUGGAAUGAAUGACGCUUCCAGGUUCAGAAAAUUCUGGUCAAUAGGUGAUUUAAUGAGGCUGAUAUUUGUCAACAAUUAUAAUACAAAGCUUUCAACUUAAUAUCACAUAGUUAUCAAGCAGACGCAGUGCAUAUUUUUGAGAGUUUAAAAGCAAAUACAACAUUCUAGCUCUUCCUUUGUGCCUAUAUGGCUAUAUGUAAGACCUGUUUUAUUUGCUUCCUACUCUUCUCAAUGUAAUAAUCAUAGUAUUUAAGUGGCUAAAACCCAUACUGUCCUUAGAAUGUAAUGUUUCAUAGGAUUUUCAUUUGUGUUCUAUAGUUGAAAUGUGAUCUACUCUACAGAUAAAACGGCUGGCCUUGCGCUGAUAACUGUUAUGAACAAUCUUUUUUUUUCUUCCGGAUAAUACUUUUUUGAUGAAACUUGUGGAUAAUACUUUUUCCAGUUGUGUAUGUAUUUCCGAUUGGUUUUGGGAUAGUCUUCGGACUCUUGGUGAUAUGCCUAA